CCACGAACGCCUCUCUGUAAAAAUAGCGCUGUUGUACCACUCGUCCACGUAUAUCCUUUUGAAUAGUUUGCCAUCAAUCAUAUCAUCACCAUUUUCCUUCUUCUCCUUCGAUUUAAAAAACGGCAUCUUUCAACAUUUAAGCUCUGCUACAAAUGAAUCAUGGGCACGACGUUAAGUAAAUUAAGAAAUACCAAUAACGAUGAAUCAACAACACAGGAAUCAGCCUUGUUACAAAACUCUCCUCCACCAUCGUCUCCUCCCACUAGCAGCGGCAACAAUGUCAAGAACAAAAGAAAAACACGUCAACUCAAUUCAUCUUCAGUACUACCCAGAAACUUCAGCGAGGGUAUCUUGACGCGGAGCAAGGCGCGCGAUCAAACAAUGAUCACUCGAAGUGAAGGCAAACGAAUCAAUAGAGCCACGAGCAGUAUGAGCAAUAGCAGAAGAGUUCCGGACGAACAACGGCGUCGACGAUAUAUUAACAACAACAACAAUGCGAAACGAAAACGUACCAGAAGAACUGUUAGUACCAGUAGUGGUGCCAGCAGUAGUAGUACUGAUAGCGACAUCGUUCGGCAUAGCAGGUCGAAACGUAAACAAUUGGCAACAUCAUCUUCACCGUUAUCUAGCAGAAGUAGUAGCGUAAUUGCUACUAGCGAUGUAAAUAAGCUUAGGAAAAGCAGUCGAUUGACAAAAGGUGGCAGCAGGAACGACAGUAGUACCGACAGUAGUAGCAGUGAAAAAACCGCGGAGGAAAGCGACGAUAAUAGUAUGAUCGCUCAACAACAACAACAAAAUGAAGAACGACGCAUGACACGAUUAAAGAGUUUAAAUCGUGAUGAAUCGAAAGCAAUGACGAACGAGCGACCAGUGACGCGCGAUAGAAGUCGAAUCGCGACAAGAGGUAGACCAUUGACCGUCUACACGCGAGGAAGGUCAACGAGAACAAAAAGCAUUGAUAGCACCGCAAGUGAAGCUAGUAUUAAUGCCGAUCAAAAAUCAAGAAAUGCAAAUACUGGUAUCGACAACAACAAUGCGUCAUCAUCAUCAUCACAGAGUACCCUUAUUGUUAAAGGGAAAGAAAUUCCAGCAACUGAAGGCGUGAUGACAAGAAGCAGAGCAUUCACCAACGAUAAAAUCAUCACACGAAGCCUGAGCAAAAAUUUGAGACAAUCUAGUCUUACCAGCGGCAACAGUAUGAGCCCGAAACCAGCAACGACAAAAAGCCGUAAUCAUAGUACCACCGCCAAAAGCCAACGUAAUAGCAGAAGCACUACUCCAACCAUCAAGACCAAUACAAGCCAAAGAGAAGCUGUUAUUGUCAUCGAGGAUACCCAUCCGCCUCCGCCUCCGCCUCCUAAUCGUCCGGUUACUAGAGGACGAAGUAAAACCACUACGAUAAUUACGAGUGACAAUCCGAUCUACAAAAAGUUAAAAAUGCUUAGUGAUACAGACGAUGAUGAUGAGGAGGAGGAAGAAUUUGAAAGCGCUGAAGAAGAAAGUGCCGACGACGAUGAUUCGAGGACUGAGAUCAAAGCCUUGGAAGACUUGAUUGAUGAACUAGAAAGGAGCUAUCGUAGCAGGGCCAGAAGGCUUAAAGAACGCAAAGGCCUCGCAUUAGACGCUAUAAAGAGACAAUGCGAUGCUGAGAAACGAAUAGCAAUCGCCGAGAGUAUAGUAAGUUUCUCCUUUUCUUCUGCCUCCCUUGCAAAGAAGUAACGAAGAGAAGGCUUACCAAGGUAUACAUGAUACAAAUGUUAGAAAAUACGUGCAAACGCAUGUUCUCCGUAUCCGAUACAC